CGUAACUAGACGCGAGGUGAUAACUCGUUUCCAGGUACUGAAGGUUGGGCUAGCGCUCCAUGAACUCUUCGACCCCCACAUCUAUUACGACACAAGAAUUAGUGCACGAACCGUACGCGAUUACAGGAAAAUGCCUAUAUAAAACGGCGCAUUUUCAUCAUUGCGACACGCUAAUACGCCGUGUGCAUAUGAUUCUAUUCAAUUCGUAAAGUAACGAAUGCAAAGAUGAUCCUAUAUUUGUUGGUCAUAGUGGCUGUGCUGUGGACGGUACUUUUUAAGUUGAGGAGACGGCGAAUGUACAAACUGGCGGCGCUGAUACCUGGACCUGAAGAAGAGCUCCCAGUUAUCGGCGUCGCUCACAGUUUCUUGGGAGACGCGGAAGGUAUAAUGUCAGCGUUACAAUACUAUAGUUACGGAAGUAUGCAACAUGGUAUAUUUCGCGGAUGGCUGGGUCAUAUUUUAUAUUUUCUCGUAGUUGAUCCUGUGGAUUUAGAAAUGGUGUUGAAGACAUGUUUGGAGAAGGAUGACUUGCAUAGAUUUAUUAGAAAAGUCAUCGGCUUCGGAGGAAUUUUUGCGCCAGUUUCAAUAUGGAGACGAAGACGCAAGAUAUUAAUGCCGGCGUUUAGUCCGAAAAUCGUGGAGAAAUUCGUAGAAGUAUUUUCCGAGCAAAGUGAGAAGUUAUCUAAGAGGCUGGCGGAUUCUGCUAGCGGGGAAGAUUUUAGCAUUUGGCCAUUCUUAUCGUCGUAUACUCUUGACUCGGUUUGUGAAACGGCAAUGGGAGUUAAAAUGGGUGCGCAAGAAAAUCCAAAUUCUCCUUUCUUAGCCUCUAUGAAUGCUUUGCUAAAUGUUGUUUGCGAGAGGAUAUUUCAUUUAUGGUUGCAACCAGACUGGAUCUUCAAACUUUUCCCACAGUACAAUAUACAUCAAGACUGCAUUGGUGUACUACACGGAUUUACUGAUGAGGUUAUUCAAAAAAAGCGGGAAGAAUUGAAAAAUGAGCAACGAUCACAACCCGAAGUCGACAAACAAUUUGAUCUUCAAGACUACAGAACAAAGAGUUUUCUGGAUAUGUUGAUCAGUUUGUCGGGAGGAGAGAGGGGCUACAACAAUGAGGAACUUCGAGAGGAAGUGUUAACAUUAACGAUUGCUGGGACCGAUACAUCAGCCGUUGCUAUUGGCAACACCUUGAAAAUAUUGGGAAAAUACCCCAAAAUCCAAGAGAAAUUGUACGCUGAACUUAUGGAAGUAUUUGGCGAAACAAAACGGCCACUAGUCAAAGAAGAUUACACCAAAUUGAAGUACUUAGACAGAGUGGUCAAGGAGACGCUUAGAUUAUUCCCACCUGUACCUUUUAUUAUAAGAAAAGUAUUAACGGACACCAAAUUACCUUCUGGCCACGUUUUGCCUGCUGGCUCUGGGGUGGUAGUGUCCAUAUGGGGCGCUCACAGAGACCCUAAAUAUUGGGGCCCUGAUGCAGAGAAUUUCGAUCCUGACAGAUUUCUUCCGGAACGGUUCAAUUUGGUCAACUCUUGUAGUUUCAUGCCUUUCAGUAAUGGACCUAGAAACUGUUUAGGAUACCAAUACGCUCUGAUGUCUGUAAAGGCAGCAGUGUCAGCGAUUGUUAAAAACUACAAAGUAGUGGGUUUAGAAGAGACCAGCCCUGCACCCAAGAUGAGAGUUAAAUUAGAAAUAAUGAUGAAAGCAGUGGAUGGAUACCAGAUAUCAUUAGAAAAACGAACAUCUUUAUAACCUUGAUAUUAAUAAAGAAAGAAACGCAACUAUAGUGAAAACAAUUGCAUAAAUGUGAAUUAUAUAACUAUUUUUUGUCUGAUAUCGUUAAUGGUCUGGGAAACCACUUUUUGUCUAUUCAAUGCAAAAGUGAUAACUAACGUGUGUCAAGAAUAAAGCUUCAUAAUUUAUAUGAUAAACGUUUAUUUGCGACGAAUGCCUUUUAUUAUUUUAUAUGAAGACUGUUAUCAAUUACCUACAUGCAGAACAGAACAUUUGCUUGAUGUGUAUGUUAUAUAGUUUAUUGGUAUACUAGUAUAGUUAAUUUAAUUAAUGUAAAUGAAUAAAUUUGUAAACAUUUA